AUGGUGCAAGAAUUUUAUCCGUUUUCCGCGGAUGCUGUGCGCCACCACCUCGAGGCUUUGGCCAAAAACACAAAGUGUAUGCAAGAGCUAACGCUGGCCUUCACUCAACUGUUCGACUCCAAAUCCAACACUCCCAACCCUAUUGUGUCGCCAACGAUGUCGAAACCGAUGAGGUGGUUCUUCAGAAGUUGGGAGGACGUCUCACGUGCAAAGCUCAAUGGCGUGGGUGAUAUCGUGUCCGGAGAUCCGGACUGGAACCCAGGACCCGGAACAGACAAUAUUGCCUUGCACUAUGCAGAGUUCCACUCGGAUGAGUUCAACCAAAAAGACACGGCGAGACACGGCAAUCAUUUCUGCAACAGAUGGUGUUAUCCGGGCCUUGAAAAGAGCUUACGCUACAUGGAAAUAUAA